UAUAUAUAAAUAUAUACGUCGUAGUAACGAUUACGCCGACGACGCGAGUACAAAUCUAAAACCAUCGACUCCGUCCGUAUGCUAACCAUCGCAAUCCAUAAUAAUAUCCGAUAAAAUUACUAUUAUACUGUAGCGUAGGGUUUAUAGUGUGAUGAACGGUGCGCUUCAAAUAUUCUGUUUGUGUAUCGACGGUUAUUAUAAUUAUAGUUAAUUUUUCUGCCAUCAUGUUCAAAUACAACCAAGGCAGAGAUCGAUUCGUGCCCGAUCGACGUCGGAGCCCGUAUUCGUUUUAUUCUCUACACCACAUCACCGCAAAUCACCAAUACGAUUGUGUGUCCAACGGCGGCGAAGACUCCGAUUUCCUGGAGCCGUUCGAAUGCGAGCGGCAGCAAGAGCAGCGGCACCGAGCUUUCCGCCAACUUCAGUCAUACAUGUCACUGGAGUCCACUGACGGACACUUGUUGCGUCACGUAUUGAACAAACGUAAUAAUGAUGCAGAUAAGUUAGACCUCGUCACUGUAUACCGGGACGUUGACUUGACGUGGCCUAUUCGGAUGGUUGGUCAGAGACGUUUGGCCCGGAAGUUCAAUCAUAUCAAUAAAAAAUCACUGGCAGCCGAUCUACUGUUGGACAUGCCGAAUCUGUCAAACGACUGGAUGACCAAGAUACUGGACUGGAGUUCGACGGGCUACCUGACGGCGGCCAUAGAAUCGUCGAUACACCUGUGGUCGUGCCACACCCAGAGCGUCCAGCACACGAUCGCGGCGGCGGCGGAUGCGCACGGCCCGGCGCAAGCGGACAGCAGCGCGUCGAAAACGGUCGUCGGCUGUCUGAAGUGGGACGCGCAGGGCGAAAAACUGGGAUACUCGUUCACGGUGGAACGGGGCGAAGUGCCGUCGUCCGACACGUCGGGCGGCGCGUGGGACGACGGCGGCGGCCCGUCGCCGUACACCCUCCUCUUGGAACGGAUGAACGCGUACGCGGCGCGCGACCGCCGGACCGCCGAGCAGGACGACGCGGACGUCACGUACCGGUCUCCGUCCAUGAACGCGUCGGUCGACGAGAGUUCGCGAAACGGAACAGCGGUCAAGAGCACCGGACACGUAAAGGUUUGGUUAUUGAAUGCACCAAAUGACAAUUCAAAUCAUGAACAAAAAACAUCAUAUUGUGGUUGUGUAACCGAUGACAAUUGCCAACGGUUCAAUGGAUGCAAAAUCAUUGUAAUGGAUUGGUUGGCCAACGGUCGUGUUUUAGUGACAGGAUGCACGAGGGCCACAGUGACAUUUUUCAGGUACGAUUUCGCACAAAAGAAAUUGAUUACUACGCGUAUUAUACACAAGAAGAACCAAAAUACGUUAAUUACCUGUCUGCAUGUAUCACAGGACAAAUGGAGUCGUCACUUGGCCGUGGCCACUUAUUCGCCUUGGGCGUGUGUAUUGAAAGUUUGGCGUAUCGAAGACCCGCUGGAAUUAAGCCCACACCGCGAUCAUUGUUUCGAUUCGAAUAUUAACGUGACACAGACCUUGACCGACCGAUACAACAGUAAACAGCAUGAUCACUCUAACUGGCUGAUAAAGGCCUUCGCUUGGCACCCGUGGAAAUACGCUCUGAUGUGUUACGCUGUUACAUCGACCCCACAGGACGGGAUGCAGAUGUACGUCAACCGCAAGUCCCCGUCGUGGUUUGUGUUGGCGAACGCGUGCAAGGGACAAGUGUUGAAGCGCAUCGAACAGACCGCAAGCAACUGCUGUCCGACGAUGAACAUAUUGCACGUCAACACGCACUCGAUGACAUUCAGCCGACUGACUGGCGAACUUCUGGUGUCGGCCACGACCGUGUACAGUGUCAGAGAUAAUGCAUAUUCCAGUCCAAUUUUAGUAGAAAAACACAGUGUAGUAGUGAUGCACGCCCUGGACCGAAUCGUUGAGACAUUAAGCAGUAGCCAUACGGAUCGAGGACUGUUUUUCGCGUGGAGUCCAGACGGAAAACGUAUAGCUUUGACGAGUUCCGACGAAUCAUUGAGAAUAUGGAACUUUUGGCCGUCCGGUAACGUUCAACAAAAAACCAAUAAUAAUUGUCCGCCGCACGUUUACACAACGAAUGCGACUUCCGCGGUUACUUCAGUUCAUUUCACGGAAGAUGGAAGUUUAAACAGCAACAAUUACAGACUCAUACACAAUCGGAGCUCUUUAAAUAGCCAUUCGGCGAUGUCUGAACUAUCGUUGGAUGCGGCUCGCAUAAUAAAAUGAUUGCCAAUUAGACAUGCGUUUUGUUUGAAUUAUGUCACGUGAUGGGCGUGAUAACAUUAAUUUACCAUAUAUUUUUAUAGAAUAUUUUCGAGUCAAUUAAUAAGCAACUAUAAGAGGUUAAAUUUUGUUAACUAUUACACUUGGUUUAAGAUUAAAUACCUACUAAGCUUGUAG